CGUCUUCCGAUCCGUCGCGCUCCGCCCAUCAUCAACAACGGACCGAUCCGAAAUAAAUAGAACGAAGAGGGAAAGAAAGGAAACUACAGAAAGAGCCGGCGAGGAAACCCUAGUGGGGACGUUUACGAUCGAGGCACGAAUUCCUUCCCGUUUCAGUCGAUAGAGCCUCUCCAUCGGUGGGGGCGAAACCUCGGAACCGACGGCUGAGGGAGCGAUAGGGGGAACGCGACAGGGUUCGGGUUGCGGCGCUUGGAUUGCUGCUGGGCGGUGAGCACGAACGGUGGAUGGUGAUGGGCGCCACGGGGUCUAAGUUGGAGAAGGCCCUCGGCGAGCAAUUUCCCGAAGGCGAGCGCUACUUUGGUCUCGAGAACUUCGGCAAUACCUGCUAUUGCAACAGCGUCUUGCAGGUGCUUUAUUUUUGCAUCCCCUUCCGUGAGCAAUUGCUGGAUUACUAUGAAAACAACAAAAAUGUUGGGGAUGCAGAGGAGAACCUUUUGACAUGUCUUGCCGAUCUGUUCUCUCAGAUCAGCUCUCAGAAGAAGAAAACUGGCGUUAUAUCUCCUAGGCGUUUUGUGCAAAGAGUGAAGAAACAAAAUGAACUCUUCCGCAGCUAUAUGCACCAGGAUGCACAUGAAUUUCUGAAUUUCCUGCUUAAUGAGCUUGUUGAUACUCUGGAGAGAGAGUCUAAUGCUGCAAAUUCUUCCCCUGAAGCCUCAUCAUCAUCAUCGUCAUCAUCAUCUGAGAAGGUUGCAAAUGGUCCAAGCAAUCCUCCUGUCAAUGGCUUACGGAAAGACCCUUUUGUUACUUGGGUUCAUGACAGUUUUCAGGGUAUUCUAACCAAUGAAACGAGGUGCUUGCGUUGUGAAACUGUUACUGCAAGAGAUGAAACAUUUUUUGACCUAAGCCUUGACAUUGAGCAAAAUAGUUCAAUCACAAGUUGUCUCAAGAAUUUUAGCUCAACAGAGACUCUGAAUGCAGAGGACAAGUUUUUCUGCGACAAAUGCUGCAGUUUGCAAGAGGCCCAGAAGAGGAUGAAGAUUAAGAAGCCACCAAGCAUCCUGGUAAUUCAUCUCAAGCGCUUCAAGUAUAUUGAGCACCUUGGUCGUAACAAGAAGCUAUCAUACCGGGUCGUGUUUCCCAUGGAGUUGAAACUUAUGAACACUGUCGAAGAUCCCGACACAGAGUAUUCACUCUUUGCAGUUGUGGUUCAUAUAGGAACUGGUCCGAACCAUGGUCACUAUGUCAGUCUCGUCAAGAGUCAUAACCACUGGCUCUACUUUGACGAUGAGACUGUGGAGAUGAUUGAUGAAUUGACCAUGCACAAGUACUUUGGUUCUUCACAGGAGUACCCGAGCAACACAGAACAUGGGUAUAUUUUGUUCUAUGAGAGCCUUGGUAAAAGCAGCUGAGGAGCUCAUCAUUUGGGGUUUUGAGGCACUUUUCAUUUUCCAGCCAUUAAUACCUUUUUUUCCCUAAUAUAUAUUUUUUAGAAUUGCUAUUCAAAUUCUAGGUAUAGAGCUUAACCAGAGGAUGUGAUAUUUAUAGUAAAUGCAGUGUAUAGUGGAUGGUGGAAGCCCAUAAUCUUUUUCUCUAAUAAGGAAUUUUCAGGA